UGCAUUUCUGUGAGGCAACACCUUUUGGAUUCCUGUCGUUGCCUUGUUGAACUUUUAUAAUGGAUCAAAUGAAUGACAAACCAAACGUAACAUAUAUAACUUUUGGCGGCCAUGUUGAAUUGCAGAAAUACCGCUUCCUGUACUUUGCGAUGACGUUCAGCGUCUACGUCCUCAUACUCUGCAGCAACUCAACCAUCCUGUGUCUCAUCUGGGUCCGACGGAGCCUCCACCAGCCCAUGUACGUCUUCAUCGCCGCUCUGCUCUGCAACUCGCUCCUUCUCAGCACCAACGUCUACCCGAAGCUUCUCAUCGACCUCUUAUCCGACGUGCAGAUUACGUCUCAUUUGGCGUGCAGGAUUCAGGCUUUGAUCUAUUACUCUCUGUGCGGUUCUGAGUUCCUCCUCUUGGCAGCCAUGGCGUACGACCGCUACGUCUCCAUCUGUAAACCGCUGCAGUAUCAAGCCGUCAUGAGGAAAAGGACGGUGACCGCUCUGCUGGUUCUGGCGUGGCUCCUGCCAUCCUGUCAGCUCGUGCCGUCACUUAUUCUAGGCGACGGUUUCAGACUCUGUAAGUUCACGCUGAAUGGGAUUUUUUGCAACAACGCCGUCACCAAGCUUUCCUGCAUGACUUCAGCAGGGCCCUAUAUUAUAUAUGGCGUGUUCAUUUUAGUUAAUACCAUAUUCGUCCCCUUGGCUUUCAUCCUUUUCACCUACUGUAAAAUACUUGUCAUAUCCUACAGAAGGGGCUCGGACGUCAGGAAAAGGGCCAUGCAGACCUGCGCGCCGCACCUGCUGGUUCUCGUCAGUUUCUCGUGUUUGUGUUCGUACGACGUCAUCAUAGCCCGACUGGAUAUCGAUUUGCCCAAAGCGGCGCGAUCGAUCAUGACUCUGCAGGUGGUUCUGUAUCAGCCUCUGUUUAACCCAAUAAUCUACGGGCUGAAGAUGAAGGAAAUCCACAAACACCUCAAGAGGCUUUUCAGCCGAAGCAGGAUCUGUGUUUGUGUUGCACUGAUCAAUAACUGAUAGUUCAGUUCAGGUUAUGGUAUGAAUAAAUAUCAUUAAUGCCUUAAAAAAAGAUGACAGACUCACUAGUGUAAUGACAAAGUUAUUAUUUAACUGGUUCUUAUAUUUUGUUAGUGUAUUAAGGUUUGUAAGAGUCAAAAUAAAACUAGGUCUUGUCAUAUUCUUUUAUU